AUGGUUCCAUUCCUCUUCAUAGGUCAUGGGAUCGGGCUGACAAUGAGCCACCAUCACACAGCAAACAGGAGCAACAUCCUGAAGUACUUUGAGUCAGCGCUGAGGGGAUCACCCCGUGAGAAGGGCCGCCCCCCCUCGGCCGUCACGAACACGCGUCCUGCACCAGGACAGACCUGCAACGCGGCCGUCAAAGUGAAGCGCAGGAAGACGCGGCGAGAGCUGAACCGUGCCAAGUUUGGCCGGGACCUUGACGAGAAGCCACCUCGACGCAAACCCUGGGCUCAGCGAGCGGGCAAAGCCAGCGGGUGUCACUGCCAGCGGGUCAGGGCUGAGCCGGGGGCUGCUGCCAAACCCUCCGCCUGUUCCAGUUGGGUGAUCACCCAGAACCGCCUCACCCAGCGGCACCUGGGCAUCUUCAACAAGGAGGUCAAGUCUGUCGCCGCCGAGAGGCUCCCCCUGAGCGACGGGCAAGGUGAUGCCGGAGAGCCUGCACCCCAAACUGCCAAGGACGCCUCGCUGGGCGGCACACCUCUGCCAGGGAAGGAAGUCACCCCGCUGCCGGCCCCCGUGGAGGAACCGAGGUCCCCGACACCAGAGCCAGCGAGGAAGGGGUGCCAACCGACAGUCACACACCGACCCCCCGCACCCGUCGACGAGGUGGCACAGAAGCUCCUCCGGGCCCUGGGCACCCAGCGGGCAUUCCCAGGUCAGACCCUGGUGCGGCAGACGCAGCAGCAGCUGCUGGAGCUCCUGGUCAAGAGGCAUGGACGCUGGGCAACGAGGCUGCUGGAGGGCAACACUUCUGCCACCAACGCCCCAGAGAUACCAUGGCCACAUUCAGGCACCGACCCACCUAAAGGGCACGUCAUUGCCAGUAACACCUCACCUUCGGGGGACCAGCUAACACAGAAGACCUCCCUGGUCCGCAAGGAGCGGGAUUGUGAAUUUCCUGUGCAUUCAACACCACUGAUGAUGAAUCACGUUUGGUAUAGACAGCAGCAGAGCGACGGUUUCUCAGUAUGUGUCCAUGCUGCCACUGCCACAGCCUCUCCAGCCCCUUGUCUCCAGCAGGAAGUGACUGACGGAGCCACUCUGAUCACUGCCUCUCAGGCCAGUCACCAUCUCCUGAGGCCUAGGAGUCAGGUCCAGGAGAGGCCUACAUCGCAGCACUGCGCCAGGCCUCAGCAAAUGUGCUUUUGGGCAAACGCUGGGCCCUUGCAGACAGCCCGAGUGGGUGGUGCCAUUUUUCCGAGCCCUGUCCUCUCCCCGAGCCGGUCAGAGAGCGCCUGGGAUCUGCUGACCAGAGCAGUGAGCGGGAUGGAGAGGAACUGUGGCCUGUCUCCGCUGCCACCAGCCGCCAGCACACCCGAAGGUCAGCUCUUCACUCUGGGGAAGGACAGCGGCUUCCGGGCGAGAUGCUGGGAGGCCCGGGAUGGACCAGGCCGCAGCCACUUUCCCAAACGGUUACAGGGCCCUACCACUGGCGAUCCCGAGGGGCACAGGAUCAGGGGUCUGCCCUUAGGAGACAUUGGCAACUUGUACCGCCCACAGGUGUUGGAGGGGGCCACUGAGUCAGCCACCGGUACCAGGGGGCGCCAGUCCAUCUGUGGCAGUGCCGGUCUGGACCCCUGGCUGUGGCCAGCUCAGGCCCAAGCAGGGGCUUUGCCGCUUCCCCUGGCCUUUUAUUACCCACCGUCAGGGGCCUUGGAGUGGGCUGACUCUCCAGUGCCAGGCUGGGGCAGAGCCUCUCAGACACCCACCUGGAAGCCCACAAGCCCUGAGCCCUGGGUCUACCCCAGGAUGAAGCUGUACUGACCACUGACUGGGCAGGGGGCACUGCCUGGUCUGACCACUGCGUGGGGGGAGGGGAGGGUGCACUAACCACUGCCC